ACUGGGGAGUAGUACAAUCUGCGAAGGACCGUGUACUAACGUUCUUCUAGAGGGUAAAUUCGAGUACACUUUUCAUUUUUUACAAUGUCAAGACUUAUGCAUAAAUUCUCUGGUACUUGAAUAUCAUGUGCAAAUGUCGCAAUCGUGCAAAGAGUAACGAGUUUAUGGCUAUCAAGUUUGACUUACAAGCGGACGGCCUCUUGUUAAUACGCCUUAAUAUAAACUCAAAAUGCAAUGUUCAUAUGUACACGUUUUUUGUGUGGUUCUCUGCCUUGUAUCUUGCAUUGCAGUCUUGUAAAAGCCAAUGAAAAAACGUGUUGGCCGGGUGCAUAUAUGAGGAACAAUAUUUCUGUAAACUCUACGUAAUCACUUUUACAUGGGCUUCAGAGGCUGUUCUUUGUUACUGUCGUGGAUCAUGUUGACCAGGCUCACUGUAUAGAAGACUUAAAACUAUGGAUGUAUAUAAGAAGGUGCUUCCUGUUCAUCUGAAAAUUUGGCAAUACUUCCUUAAGAUUUUACAGCAAAAUGGUUGGGACGUUUAGAGGACAUUCCAUUAUGCCAGUUUCCUUGAACUAAAGCCAAUUAAACGGUCUGUCAUUGUGACCUCAACCAUGUGCUUUAAACCCUAUAAUAAAUUAGUAGAAACGGUGAAUAGUCUUGGACCUGGCCAGGUGUACAGUAGCUCACAGAGGAAUGACAGCAUCUGCCUCACCUGUCGAGGUGAGUGUGGCUUCAGAGAGUGAAUGGGCCAUUAUGUGUCGUUUAUAAUACAAGAUGACAGAUAAUAACGUAUGGCUCUGUUCCAGUAAAACUAAUUGGUAUUUGACCUAUGAGGGACAUUCGUUUGAUGGUAGGGGAACAGUGCAGUAACCUCUCAGUGAGAAGAGCUGUAUCAUCUUUGAAACUGACAAAGAUUGUAAUAGCUGAGCUGUUUGAGUUUAAACAGACCUGGAUUCAAAGUAAAAACAUUUACACUCUGACGACUUGUUCUCCCUACGCUUCAUUCAGAAUAGUCAUUCAAGUGUCGACUGAACCGGCUUUCUUGGGUCCCUUGGGAUAGAAGACUUGUACAAGCUGACCUCACAGUUAAAUAGGAAACAGUAGGUUAACUUUUCUUUUGCUAAAAUCGGUCUGUUCCAGGGUUGAUGCAGAGUUUUUAAAAUCAAAUUUAAGACUUUUUAAGACCUUUUUCCAAGACCUGAAUGAAUAAAAUGUAUAUGGUAUCCCCAUACCAAAACAAACCCACACAAUAUCAAAAUAAAUCAUGUAUCACAGACUCUUACUUAAACAGGCAGGGGCACACAUUCAUCAUGGCCUUAAAGGUGCUAUAUGUAAGAUUGACAACAAGCAUUUGAAAUGGGUACUGCAGUCCAAAUUCAAAAUAUUGGAGAGUUGUCUGCCCCACCCCAGACUCGAAGCUCAUGCAGCAUCCUUUUUAAACUCAGCAUCCGUUUUAAAGGAUUUCUGGCCUUUAAGCUGUCUCCAUCUUCCAAAGGCAUCUCCAACAUUUAUCCUUGCUUUACUAUGCUUCUGAUGGUUUUCAGACGGAUGGCGAGGCUUUUUAGGUCGGGUGGAAUCUGUUAUCUCUGAUCCAGUUCGUUUGCUGGCUUCCAUGGCUGCAGCAGGCUGUAUUGUUUGCCUGCACACUUGUUCAAAUCUGGCAACCCGGUGGUGUCGAAAUACUAUUGGGAAAUGGGCAGUGGGCAGGAUCACACAGGCCAAAACAUAAACAGAAAUUUUGGCCUGUAAUGGAAACUACAAAGUAGAAUUACUGGCUGUAGCUUUGUUAUCGGAGAAGCCAGUAUUUCAAUUUAACAUGUUUCCUAAUGGUCAUUUUAUGAUUAACUACAGUAAAAAUGUUACAUAUAGCACCUUUAACAUUGCUCAUCAUUAAAACAGGGUAGGAUAUACUGUAUGCAAGUUUAAAAUACUCAAGACAUGUUUUCCAUAUUUUGCUGAUAAAAUAAUGUGUUGAAAGAAAGGUAAUUAAUCUGCCAAUAGUUUUUAAAAUUGUAGGCCUAUAAUAAAUGCAACCAAAAUAUCAAUAACCAGAAAAAAAAAGAAAAAAAAAAAGAUGUGAGUCAUAGUGCAGAACUUUUAACUUUAAAGGCUGAAAUACACCGGGGACUCUUAUUUUGAAAUGCUUGCACUUCACUGCUUCCAGCUGCUCAUUCAAACAAAUAAGGAAAAUAAAACAUACACUCCUACAAUGAUCUACAGCGUAUUACAAUAUAAACAAUUAAAAGUAAACAUUGUCAUAUUUCAUCAACACUAUAUCACCUUCAUCAACAGUUGAUGAUUAGUGAUCGCUUGUCAUAAAUUUCCGAUAUGGCCUAAUGAUUGUGAACUGCUCUGCAACAGAUGGAAACACUCACAAGCCCCAGUGUGGUUGGAGAAAAUACAACAGUGCCACGUUUUCACUCUGAAGGACACAGCGCAUGUAUUUAUUUAAUUAAAUCGUAUUCUUUUUAAGUUUGAUAAUCACAUUAGAUCAUAUCACGAUUCCUGUCUUUCCACCCCCAAAUUUAAGACCUCUUUAAAUGAUAAUUAAUACUUUUGUUGUAUCAUUUAUGAUAUUUAAGACUUUUUAUGACCUUAAAUUUUGGAAAACUGAAUUUAAGACAUUUUAAGACUUCUUAAGGACCUGCGGGAACCCUGUGUUCUUACCGAAAUUCAAAACAGUGCCCCCAGUGGCCAAAGCGUUGUGUUUUUGGGCCUAUGGGCAUGUGUGAGCUCCAUUUUCAGGGUGUAAUGUCCAUGGAAGGGCGCCUAAAGCGAGUUGUGCAGAGAGUUGUUUUCAGCUGUACAGGUUGUAAUACAAUAUACUACAGUUUGUUCUGGUCCUGAUAUAUCAGAAUAUCAGCACUUCAUUCACCAGAGAUCUUAUAGUGCUGAGAUAACAACCUUCGCAGUUCUAUCAUUGGAGAGAGCAUAACGGCUGUAACGGUCAACUAGCAUUUUACGACAGUUUGCUGAUGCUAUACAAAUGAAUGGAGGGAGCCGUAUACGGACACCUUCCGGUCAUAAAAUCGUCUGUGACUUCUAUAAAAGAGCAAUUUUAUCAUAGGGGGCUUUCACACUGGGCACGUUUGCUGUGGUCCGAUUCCGAGUGCGAUUGUUCCCGGUGCCCCCCGCAGCUUUGGUCUGGUUUCACACUCACUUGAUUCUAUCGAACCCCGGUCCAUUUGCGUUCAUCUUACGUCAUCACAAACACGCAUGGAGAACACAAACGCGACUCAUCAUACUUUUUUUUGUUAUUUUGGUGCCAUUAUGCACAGCAGAGUGAAUGACAACUGCAUAUAUGCGCACUUCAUGGUGUAACUCAUCAGAUGUCCAGGGGAAGGCGGCUUGCUGCUGCUCGCAAACGGCGUUUUUUGAGGAGACAGCUGAUUGCAAGGAAUUUAUUUGCGUCUUUGUUUACACUGCACGCUUACUCAUGCUCGUGUCCAAGGUGAAGUUAUCGCCACUGUCAUCUCCUAUUAUACCCUAUAUUUAUAACCUAUAAUAGUGUUUAUAUAUAGUAUUUAUAAGGUGUAUAGGUAGAUAGAUGUCGUCAUUGGCUAAAACGCAUGUGCAGGUUAAUUUACUUCCUGAACAAGUGCGCACCCGAGUCCGAGUUGCUUUCACAUUCACGCGAAUCGCGCUACAGUUCCAUUGCAACCAAACAGACCACCUCCUACAGGUAGUCUCGGGUUCAGUACCGCAGUGCGCUCCCCUGGCCACAUGACAGCUUUCACAUUACAAAUUUUUAAUGCGAACCGUGCUGUGUUUCGAACUAAACUGGGGGGCUAAAUAUAAAUGAUGCAUGGUUCUGCACUAAGCAUGGACAAGUUUGUGAAAGGAAUGCCAGGUAAACGUAAAGCAGACGAUGAAUCUACACCAAAUGUCACAACUACCAAAACAAAGACAAGAAAAUAUGACAAGGUAUAUCUCGCCCUCGGCUUCACCAGUACAACGGUGGGUAAGGAAGAGAGACCACAGUGUAUUGUGUGCCUCAAAAUAUUAGCUUCUGACAGUAUGAAGCAAAACAAGUUAAGACGCCACUUGGAGACUUCACAUCCUGAACACAAAGAGAAGCCCGUGGAUUUCUUCAGGAAAAAACUACUCAACUGUCAUGCACAACAGUCGCUUUACCAAAGCUGCAUCUGUGCCUUCAAAUGCUCAGCUCGCCUCCUAAAAAAGUAGCCUACAGAGUAGCUCAAGUGUAAAAAGCUUCACAGUAUAGCUGAGGAAUUAAUACUUCUGCUAUUUAUAUGGUUUCAACUAUGAUUGGUGAAGCAACAGCCAGUAAACUAAAGGCUAUUCCUCUGUCAAACAAUACUAUCGUGAGGCGCAUUUAUGACAUGUCAAAAGAUAUAGAGGAGCAGCUUAAUGACAAGAUACGAGACAACUAUUUUGCUCUGCAGAUGGAUGAAGCAACUGACAGUAACAAAGACUGUUUAUUGAUAAUAUAUGUCAGAAUCAUUGAUGCCGAUGGUUUGAGGGAGGAUUUGCUUUUCUGCAAACGUGUAACUAACAGAGCCACUGCAAAUGAAUUGUUCAAAAUCAUUGACACUUGAAAGAGGCUGAUCUGAAAUGGGAGGACUGUGUGGGGAUCUGCACAGAUGGGGCUCUGGCAAUGGCUGGGAAACAAGGAGGGCUGCAAGCUCUAGUCAAGCGCGUUUCCCCCAAUGUGCAGUGGACACACUGUAUGAUACACCGAGAGGCGCUAGCAUCUAAACAGCUGAGUCCCGAGCUGAACGAUGUAAUGACAGACAUCAUUGCCACGGUAAACUACAUCAAAACAAGACCUGUCAAAGCCCGGAUUUUUUCCGCACUGUGCGGGGAAAUGGGAUCCGAUCACACAGCUGUUUUGUUUCACAGCGAAUCCCGAUGGCUGUCACGUGGGAAGGUUUUAUCAAGGGUGUUUGAAUUGCGGGAUAAGAUCAGAAUCUUCUUGGAGGAAGAGAGUAAUAAACUUGCCCACAAUUUUAACAAUAACAACAUCCUCAUGAAACUUGCACACCUCAGUGACAUGUUUCAGAAACUCAAUGAACUAAAUUUGCACAUGCAGGGCACCAACACACACCUUCCACAGCUGGCAGACAAAAUCACAUCAAUCACAAGAAAACUGGAGAUGUGGGAGCAGCGAGUGAAUGAGGGGAAUAUAAACUCAUUUGAGAGCCUGAAAUCAUUCUUCGAGGGCAACAAGCUGCAGAACAUAGUGAUCCCAUAUAUGAAAACUCAUAUCUCUGCCCUACAAAAACAUUAAACAGGAUCCUGGAAAAUAUGACUGUAUCCGAGACCCCUUCAGUGCAACACCAGCUGCUGACUUCAGCACUGCAGAAGUUCAUUGAUGUCACCUCCAAAUCAACAUUGAGGCUGCAGUUUAACCCUUAUGCGACCUUAUGUCUUUUUAAAAAAAAAAUUCAGAUCAUUUUGGCUGUUAAUACAUACGGCAUAAAUUUUGCCAAAGGUGUGCAGUUUUUUUUGGGGGGGGAGAUUUCAAACUCGGGUCCUAUAAUACAUCUAUAAUACACUUUGUACACAAAAUUGUUACACUCAGGACCUUAAGGACAUAAAUGUCCCCAUUGUCGAUUUUGUGCUAGAGUCUGAUCCCUCCGUUAACUCUCAUUCCUCUGAUGACUGCACUGUGUGGGGAGGACAUGGAGGAUACAACGGAUCCUGAAUGGAAAUCAAAGAAUGGGCAAAUUGUCUGGUCUCCCACUCAUGCUGAGACGCUGCGCUACCUUCCAGCCACCGGUGUGAUCUCGGGACCCACAUGGUACGCCACUGCCCUUGUCAGCACUGUGAAGUACUGCUUCGAUCUCUUCGUAACAGAAGAGAUCAUCCAGCUUCUUCUGGACAUGACCAACUUGCAGGGGAGACGUUCUGUCACAGAUUGGAGAGAUGUAGAUGUCACUGACAUGCAGUCAUACAUUGGGCUGCUGAUUCUGGCCGGUGUGUUCAGGUCCCGAAACGAGUCGAACAGCAGCCUGUGGGAUGAGCACAAUGGACGGGCCAUUUUCCGAUCCACUAUGCCCCACCGUACAUUCAAGCUCCUAAGCUCCAGCCUGUGGUUCGAUGACAGGCUGACAUGACCUGCACGUUAUAGGCACGACUAGCUGGCUGCCUUUCGGACCAUCUGGGAGAAGUGGACGCAUCGCCUCCCCCUGCUAUUUAACCUGGGCCAGGAUGUCUGUGUGGAUGAGCAGCUCGUCCCUUUCAGAGACCGUUGUGGAUUCCACCAGUACAUGCCAAGCAAACCUGCCAAGUAUGGCAUAAAGAUUUGGGUCACCUGCGAGGUCACGACAUCCUAUGCAUGGAAGAUGCAGAUCUACAUGGGGAAAUCUGCUGGCAGUCCCGCGGAGGUGAACCAGGGAAAAAGGGUCGUCCUGGAAAUGAUGGAGGGGCUCCAGGGGAACACCGUGACCUACAACAAUUUUCUCACCUCCCUAUGCACUGGCGGAGGAGCUUCUGAGGAGGAAGGUGGCCCUGGUCAGUACUAUUUGUAAGAACAAGCCAGAGCUUACCCCACAACUGCUGCAGACAAGGCAGAGAGCGCUCCUAUCCUCCCUCUUUGCCAUCACCAAGAUGCACACAGCAGUGCCGUACGUACCCAAACGGGGAAAGAAUGUGCUGCUUCUCCGCACAAAGCACCGCGAGCCAGCUGUGAGCGACACGGAGAAAAAGAAGCCAAUGAUCAUCACCGACUACAGCCGCUGCAAAUAAGGUGUCGACAACCUGGACAAGGUUGUCGGCACCUACAGCUGUGAGAGAAGGACCUGUAGGUGGCCACUGGUUCUAUCCUUUAAUAUUGUAGACGUCUCCUACAAUGCAUUUGUGCUGUGGACAGCCGUGGAUCCCUCCUGGAUACAGGGCAAGACAUUCAGACGGAGGCUGUUCAUGGAGGAGCUGGGAAAAAUGCUUGUGUUCCUGAAAAUGAUAUGGAGAAUGUGCCUCCCCGGGACACCAGCCGCUGUCGCAAUGGUGAAGGAUCUACAGCAUGGGGACCCAGACACAACCUGCAAAAGGAGGAAGCUGUGCGAGUUCUGCACUAAAACAAAAAGAAAAAAUUGCCACUACCUGCAUCAAGUGUGGGCUGGUUUUAAGUCCAGAGUCUGUAUCAUUAAGAAGAGGCAAUUAUACGGCUUAAAGCAGGGCAAAAAUGACUUACACCAGUGAAAGACUUUACAAUGAGGUGAUCAGGUGGAAAAUGCCUCGUUUUUCAUCAACGAUCAGAGUGAGAGAGAUCUUGCCUCACUUGCCAUGCCUCACACUCACUGAUAGGGAGGAAAUUGAAGCCAAGAGAGAAACUGCAGGAAAUUCCAUUGCUGUGCAGACACUUCUGGACAACCUGCGCAGGCGAGAGAACUGGCCAGAUGAGUUCAUCACUGCGCUGUGGAACUGUGAACACAGGGAACUGGCUGAGGAGAUCAGCGCUGCUUAUGACAGGAUCAGGGGGAUGACAAAUAAUGCAGUUGCUGCUGCUGUGCCCAGCCCUGCGCCUACCCCAGCUCCUGCACCUACCUCAUCUGCUACUGGAGCAACAGUAACCACAGCUACAAUUCAUACUUUCCCAGUGACUUCUCCUCCUCUACUGACCUUAACCUCAGUGGAAGCCCCAGCACAUUCAGUUGCCUCGUCCAACACUGCAGCCCAAGUACCACCUCCUGCUGUGGUUCUUCAAGGUCCCCAGUCCAAACGCAUACAGCAAGUGGAAGUCCCAACUCCAGUUCCAUCCCCCUCUCCUGUGCCCACUUCCCAAGCUGAAAUGGCACCUCCAGUUUUAGCUCUCUCCCAAGCGAUUCCCCCAACAGCAGUCUCAGCUUCCAAAGUGACUUCACCUGUUCAGAAAAAUGACAUCUCAACCCAUACUUGGGCAGCAGAGAACAAAACCACCAUUGUAGAUACCCCAGAUGGCUUGGCUCUAACCAGCCAAACCACCAGCACCUUCACUGAUGACACCAUCCUCUCCACCUUAAGUGCUCAAGCAUCCUCCCCAGAGACUUCUCAAAACCAAACUACAAGCCCUUGCUCCACCUCUCAGGGUUCUCCGAGGUCAGAGAAGAGCCAGGUGCCAAUAGCAGUCAAAGAGACCAUCCCCUCUGAGAGGUACCCUGUCCAAGACACCAAUCCUCCUUUGAAAGAGCAAACUGUGGUUCAGGGGCCAGAAGAGAUCUCAGAUCUAACUGCAAAUGAGCUUGUUCAGAGGACUAACACUGUUGGAUUGCCAGUCUUCAAAGCCCAAACAACUUUCAAAAGAACAACACAGGCAACAUGUUCUGCCCCUGCUGAAGUAGAUACUUACUGCCACCCUUCCAUCGACCAGGAGUAUUUCAGCAAGCCUGGCACCCUUCAGCAUCCAAAGACCCAGCAGAGAAGGGCAGAGGCUCAUCCUGUCUUGCAAGAGGAGCCUUGCUCAGUGAUUUCAGAUGAAUUGGAGAUUAGCAGGUCAGCAGUGUGUUCCACAGAGCCUGGACAGUUUACUACUCUUGCGGAGCACCCCGGCAUUGAGUCCAACAACUCCCCUGAACCAUUUCCCUCUGCUAAGAUACCAGUAGAGUGUGUUGAUGACCCAAAUCUCAACACAGAGUCACUCUCCUACACCAAUGAAACUUCCAGUCACAUUGCUUGCCUUGAGGCUGUCUCUCAAUCCAUACAGGAAAAUGGCUCUCCAUUGAAUGCUCCAUUGUCUCCUAACCAGCCAGUGGAGGACCACUAUGAAUCUUUCUGUGUGAGUCAGACAGAACCAGGAACACUGAUCAAUGUCAUUCAUAUUGCUGAGGAACCACCUGCUGAAAAAUCUAAUGGUCAGCCACCAAGCAUUCUGGGCAAUGCAGUCAACCCAGGUGGGGUGUCAGCAAAUAUCAAACCUUGCACAGUCAUCUCUGAGGACCACCCUACCCUAAACCAUCAACGCACCGAAAAUGUAGUUCAUCUCCAUGAACCAUCUAAGCGUGAGGCGUCAGACCAUAAGAAGUCAGCUACCAUUAAGUACCAGGAGCAAGAAUCCAAUGCCACUAGACCAGGGAGUAAUCUACAGUUAGAGCAGAGAGAAAUGGGCAGAGCAUCAUUCCAGAUAAACAUCUUCCAUCUUUGUGCUGCUGCAGGCAUUGGUCUGACUGCCAUUGUCCUGGCUUGGAAGCUCAAACAUUAACUCUAAAGUCUUAAAAAGGAAUAAUUCACCCCAAAAUGACAUUUCUGACAUUAUCUCCUUACUCUCAUGUUGAACGAAAACCAUGUGAUCUUAUUUAGGGGAAUGUCCAGCCUGCUCUUUUCCCGUACAACAAAAGAGUAAAGUAAAUGUAUGUAUAGACUAUAUAAUGUGGGCCACAUAAUCAAAGAAUUCUAAAGCCAUACAAUAGCUUUAUGUGAGGAAUAUAGACUUCUUAUAUAGAUAGAUCUUGCCUUCUACCCUGCUUAUACUCUGUAUUGGUUUUGUCCUUAAAUAUUUAUGUAUAUGCAGUGCAUCCGGAAAGUAUUCACAGCGCUUCACUUUUUCCACAUUUUGUUAUGUUACAGCCUUAUUCCAAAAUGGAUUAAAUUCAUUAUUUUCCUCAAAAUUCUACAAACAAUACCCCAUAAUGACAAUGUGAAAGAAGUUUGUUUGAAAUCUUUGCAAAUUUAUUAAAAAUAAAAAACGAAAAAAAUCACAUGUACAUAAGUAUUCACAGCCUUUGCCAUGACACUCAAAAUUGAGCUCAGGUGCAUCCUGUUUCCACUGAUCAUCCUUGAGAUGUUUCUACAACUUGAUUGGAGUUCACCUGUGGUAAAUUCAGUUGAUUGGACAUGAUUAGGAAAGGCACACACCUGUCUAUAUAAGGUCCCACAGUUAACAGUGCAUGUCAGAGCACAAACCAAGCCAUGAAGUCCAAGGAAUUGUCUGUAGACCUCCGAGACAGGAUUGUAUCGAGGCACAGAUCUGGGGAAGGGUACAGAAAAAUUUCUGCAGCAUUGAAGGUCCCAAUGAGCACAGUGGCCUCCAUCAUCCGUAAAUGGAAGAAGUUUGGAACCACCAGGACUCUUCCUAGAGCUGGCCGCCUGGCCAAACUGAGCGAUCGGGGGAGAAGGGCCUUAGUCAGGGAGGUGACCAAGAACCCGAUGGUCACUCUGACAGAGCUCCAGCAUUUCUCUGUGGAGAGAGGAGAACAACAAUUGGUUUUACAGUCAGCAAUGAAAUGUUGCAAGAAGCCUGUGUGUGACAGACCAUGAAUAUAGGGGGCUAUUGCAUAACUUUGGUUACACAUAUAUGGAAAACUCAUAUGGAACACUCACUCAAGAACUAUAAAGACUGUACAACUGCUUCAAUCCCUUCCUCAUCACAGAUUCACAUUCACCAAUGCCUUAGAACUCUUUCUACAUCACUGUCCCACUUGUGAAUUUCUGUGAGCAAUUUGACCCAUGUGAGACUGUCCAACAAGCACUUUCUACACAUUAAGUGGCACACUGGCACAAACACAGGCUUGAGGCUGCCCACCACUGGCAAAAUGUCUUCUGUUGUAAGAUGUACAUACUACUUAUACUCGAGUAACUGUAAAGAUGGAUGAAGAAGAAUUGCCAACACAACAAAAAUGCCUUGUGUUUGGAGGAAAAAUAUGUUAUGAAUCAAUAGUGUUUAGUCACAGUUCAGUUGUAUUUUAAUCACAAAGAAAACUGAUAGGCUAUAUGAGCAGUCAUGUGAUUAUGUAUAAGCAGGUAAACCAUCUAGUAUUCCCUGAUAGCACACAAACAUCACCCAGAUGUAGUAUAUUUGAAGUGUGUGUUUGCGUCUGGAUGAUGUAUUUUUUAGGUUGUUUGCUCAUCUGCAAUACGUCUAAUACGUUUCCUCUCGGAUGUCAACAAGACAUUCAGAAAAUGUCUUUGACACGUUUAUGAUUUAGAAUGAAUGCAAUUUGGAUUGCCCAAUUCCCACUACUUAAUAUGUCCUUGUGAUGGUGUGGUUUCGGGUGGUGGAGGACAAGUCUCCAUUGCCUCCACUUCUGAGACAGUCAAUCCGCGCUUCUUAUUAUGUGGCUCGUUGUGCAUGACACCGCGGAGACUCCCAACAUGUGGAGGCUCGUGCUACUCUCCGCGAUCCACGCACAACUUACCACACGCCCCAUUGAGAGUGAGAACCGCUUAAUCGCGACCACGAGGAGGUUACCCCAUGUGACUCUACCCUCCCUAGCAACUGGGCCAAUUUGGUUGAAGUCACUCAACACACCCUGGAUUCGAACUCGCGACUCCAGGGGCGGUAGUCAGCGUCAAUACUGGCAGAGCUACCCAAGCUAUUGUGGACUAAAGCACUGAACUGGUAAGCGGAAGGUUGUUGGUUCAAUCCGCACAGCCACCACCAUUGUGUCCUUGAACAAGGCACUUAACUCCAGGUUGCUCCAGGGGGAUUGUCCCUGUAAUCAGGGCACUGUAAGUCGCUUUGGAUAAAAGCGUCUGCCAAAUGCAUAAAUGUAAAUGCCCUUUCUGUGCCUAUCUUAGCUGGAAACUGUAUUUUAGAGGAACCUGAUUUUGAGUGCCUCUUGAUGAAUGUUUAUACACUGGUGUGCAGUUGCUUUUUGUGCACUGGUCUUGACCAUGUCUAGUCUUAAUGAUUUCCACACAAAACAUGUUUCUGAAAUAAAAUGUCUUACCUUGA